CUGAGCGACACAUCAAUCCGAGCAUUCAAGGCCUUUAUCGUGUCUGCCACUGGCAGUUCUGUUCCAGCCCUGAAGGCAAGGCCAACUUGGAAGUGCCAUGGACUUGCUGGAAACUCAGGUCAGCGAAGUGCGCUCGUUUUUGGGGGUCGCACCAGCUCUGCAGGUUCCGGAAGUUGUGUCGCCGCACGGCAUUGCCUCUGCCCAAACUCCCGGUCCACUCCAAGGGGCUCACCACUCAUUUUCCACACUCGGAGAGAGUUCCGCACCGCAGCACCAAUCCCAGUCACCGAUCGAGGUUACCAAUGCCCACGGAAAGCGGAGGGCAGAUGAGGCAGAUGAGGGCCCUGCAAGGCAGCAGAGAAGCAAAAGGAAUAGGUACAUUUCAAUUGCAUGUAACGAGUGCAAACGGCGCAAGAUCAAAUGCAAUGGCCAGACGCCGUGCCAGAGAUGUGGCCAUCUCAACCUGCAAUGUCUUUACGCCCCGAACUGCUGCUCCAACGUUAAGGACUCGGACGAGUUCAAGGAGCUGGCCGCCCAAGUGAAGCAGCUGCAGGGACAGGUCAACACCCUCCUCAACUCCAUGAACUCGCUCCGCCAGGAAACGGCACGCCUCGCCCCGCUCCAGGACCGAGUGCUCCCACCUCCCGCGCCAUCACCCGCACCGUCCUUCGGCAGCCAGAGGCCCACACUCCCGUACCGAGUUCCCUCCUUCUUCAACGGCCCGACUAGCAUCGCUUUCACAGUCGAUGUUGCCAAGAACACCCUGCACAACAUGGGCUACUCAGGGGAAGAGGGCGGGAACGAGGACAGCGGUGGGCGCGCGCAGCCAGAUGCGUCGCCGCGCUUGUCCCCCCUGCUGGCCCCUGUGCCCUCGGGAUCCCUUGCGCCGAGUCAAACAGAUCCAAUUCUUGAAUUUGACGAGACUGAAAUGAUGCGCCUGCUGCAGGUCUACCGCGAGGAGGUCGACGUCAUGUACCCAGUUGCAUCCAUGGGCCCGAUCCUGGAGCAUAUCAAGUCCCUAUCCUCGUGGAUGGACGCGGCUAAACGCACCGAUAUUACCGCUUCACCUGGUCUGGAGCCCGUCGUUUCGGAUUACAAGACGUUGCUGUUGAAAGUCGUCCUGUGCUGCUCACUGGCGAUUGUCGAGCACGGCAACAGCGACAAAGCCGUGCGACUUUACGAUAGCAUCCAGCCCACUGUCGACAAGAUGUUGAUGAGCGGUCCGGCUGACGUGACCAAGCUGUCUUUCCUUGCUCUGUGUGCCGGCUACCGGUAUCUCUCUAACGACGAGAUUCUCGCAUGGCGCCUCAUCGGCCAGGUUGCGAGGCUGUGCUUUGAGCUGGGCUUGCAUCGCCGAGAAGGCUUGCAGAAGAUUCCCGACCCCCAAACUCGCAGAGAUGCGUUGCAUAUCUUCUGGUCUGCAUAUAUUCUGGACCGGCGGUGGAGUUUCAGCACUGGCCUGCCGUAUGUUUGCCACGACGACAAGAUCGAUCCGAAGUUGCCGUAUCCGGAGGACUAUCCGUUCUUGGUAGCCAUGAUCGGGUACUCCAAGCUCGGCGCAAAGAUAUGGAAGCUGGUCGACCACUUUGAGCCCGCCGUGACCCGGGAGCUGAAGCCCCAUGACUUUGAGGAACUUGACCGCGAGAUUAUGGUCUGGUGGUAUGAGAGCGUGCCAGAGACGAUCAGGACAGUACCCCUGGACGGUGACAAGAUACCGAUCCCCACGGGGCCGUACGAUUUGCAGCGUUUACGCGUCUGGAUGCGGCUGCGGCUCAAUCAGGUCCGAAUCUGGCUCUACACACCUGUCCUACACAGCGCCACGAGCAUCUCCCAGAACGCCCACCUUGCCCAGAAGGUGGUGGAUCUGGCCAAGCAAACCAUCCGGCUGCUCACCCACCUUAACAACGAAACAGACCUCUACCGUCGCAUGCAAGUAUUCUACCACCAAUUCCUGACGUCGUCCAUCGCGGUGCUGUUCCUAGCCUCGACCCACGCCCCGCUGCAGUUCAGCGCCGCGUGCCGCGACGAAUUUUACAGGGCGAUCGACCUGGUCAAGGAGAUGUCGUCCAAGUCAUGGGUCUCUCAUCGGCUGUGGCGCACCAUCCAGUCGCUGAGGGCGUACGCGCCCAAGCUCGGGCUCGCGAAUUCUUCUUUGGCUCGCGUGGCUCCAGCUGGGUCGUCGUAUACGCGUCGGGAUAGUGUGAGCCCCGGCCAGACUCCUGGCACCAUGGCGGGUCUGUUCGGCAAUAACAACAACGGCGCUGGCAGCCGUUCGGGGAGCAGAGGGACUGCGACAACCAGUACAGGGACGCCGCCGAUGCAGAUUGAUGACGAGAGCAAUGGACUGCGAUUGCAGAGCGAGAUGUUGCGUAUCUAUGAAGGAUAUAUGGGUAGUCCGGUGAAUGGACUCGGGUAUCGGGAUGCCAGCCUUGGGCUUGCUGGACCCGACGGUGGCGGGGAGGCGCUCGCUGGGCACGGCGACGGGGGCGUCUAUCAACAGAUGAAGGACAUGUUUUGAAACGCCAUGUUAGGUGCGGCAGGCGACUACUCCGAUACACCAAGAUACCCGAAAAUGAAGCGGUUAUUUCAUCACCGGUUUUGACCCCGCGAGUUAUCGUCGACGUCCAUUGUCAUUCAUGACGUCCGUUGCUGCC